UAAUACAGUAUCUCCGUGUGCACGAGAGAAGUUGACUGGGCAUAUCACAGGGCGCCGCUUCCAAAGCCGGAUUUACGUGGUUAAACUUGGACUCAACGCGUGUGUAUUCCGAGGAAACGUCAGAGUGGUGGUGUUGGUUGCAAAGUAAAGUACGAUUUCUCAUUGAUAAAGAUUUUUUAAAUCUGCAGUGGAAAAAGUGGAAACUACGGUGCACUGUAUUGUCCACGGAUUGUUCAACCGCCUGGGUCGCUUAGCGGGGAUUCGCUGCCGAACAAAUACGGAUUAAUCUCAUCAACGUACGAUGUUGAGAAUACAAGCCUUGUUUUGCACUUUCUCAGUGCUGGCUCUUACAGUUGGAGCUGAUCUAAAAGCACGAAGCUGCAGUGAGGUCAGACAAGCCUACAACGCUAAAGGCUUCAGUCUCGUUAAUGUCCCUCACCAGGAAAUCUCAGGUGAACAUCUGCGUAUCUGUCCCCAGGGAUACACAUGCUGCACCACAGAGAUGGAAGACAGGCUGAGCCAGCAGAGCAAGCUGGAAUUUGAGAACCUGGUGGACGAUGCCAGUGAGACCUUACGGACUACCUUUGUGUCCCAGCAUAAAAAGUUUGACGAAUUCUUCUUGGAGCUCCUGGAGAACACGGAGAAGUCACUCAACGACAUGUUCGUACGGACGUAUGGGAAGCUCUACAUGCAGAACUCAGGGGUCUUUCAGGACCUGUUCACCGAGCUGAAGAGGUACUACACGGGCGGGAACGUCAACCUGGAGGAGAUGCUCAAUGACUUCUGGGCCCGUCUGCUGGAGCGCAUGUUCCAGCUCCUCAACUCACAGUACCACUUCUCGGAUGACUACUUGGAAUGUAUCAGCAAGUACACAGACCAGCUCAAGCCCUUUGGAGACGUGCCCAGGAAGCUGAAGGCUCAGGUCACUCGGGCGUUUAUUGCGGCGAGGACCUUCGUGCAGGGCCUCAUGGUCGGUCGAGAGGUGGCCAACAGGGUGUCCAAGGUCUCUGUAUCACCGGCAUGCAUCCGUGCUCUGACAAAGAUGCUGUACUGUCCAUACUGCCGAGGUCUACCAGCAGCCAAUCCCUGCAGAAACUACUGUCUGAACAUCAUGAAGGGCUGCCUCGCCAACCAGGCCGAUCUGGACCCAGAGUGGAAUCAUUUUAUUGAUGCCAUGCUGCAGGUGGCGGAGAGGCUGGAGGGCCCCUUCAACAUCGAGGCUGUCAUGGAGCCCAUCGAUGUCAAGAUAUCCGAGGCCAUUAUGAACAUGCAAGACAACAGCAUGCAAGUCUCAGCAAAGGUUUUCCAAGGAUGUGGUCAGCCCAAGCCUUCCGGAAUGGCCCGCUCCACCCGUGGCAUCUCCGAUGUGUUCAACGCCCGCUUCAGACCCUACAGCCCAGAGGAGAGGCCCACCACAGCGGCUGGCACCAGCCUGGACAGACUGAGGAUUGUCUGGAGGACUAUGCAACACAGUGUUGUUGACAUUAAAGAGAAGUUGAAGCAGUCCAAGAAGUUCUGGGCCACCCUACCGGAUGGCAUAUGCUUGGAGGACAAAGUGACAGCUGGCGAGUCGGAUGAGGAACAGUGCUGGAAUGGGCACAGUAAGGGCAGGUAUUUCCCUGACGUUCUGAAAGAUGGUCUGGCGAACCAGAUGAACAACCCUGAGGUUGAGGUGGACAUUACCCGGCCGGACACCUUCAUCCGGCAGCAGAUCAUGGCUCUCAAAGUUAUGACCAACAAACUAAAGAACGCCUACAACGGCAAUGACAUCUACUUUCAAGAUUCCAGUGAUGAGGGCAGUGCCUCGGGCAGCGGGAGCGGGUGCACGGAGGCCUGCGUGACGGAGUUUGACUUCGUCAGCCCCGAGGCUCCGGUGGUGGGCGCGGACCGGAGCGACGAGCGGGCGGCGGCAGGCCGGCCCGGCCCCUCCCCGGCACUGGCAGCCGCCCUCGCGCUCACAGCCCUGGCACUGCAGAGGCAAUGGAGAUAAUAUUCGGGUGGGACCCUCACCCGGGACAGCAGAUACCCCGCUGUUACGUUUCCCAGACAGACAGAACUACGAGCUCGGCGACCCGACAAGAAAGACUUGUACAGAAGAGUUCAGCACUUGCAGCCUGCUAACCCCUUUUUUUCCAAAGAAUGCUUGGUGCCAUCGCAAGCGACUUUUACAUGCCAAACCGCGUUCUCAUUAUUCCAGAGCUUUGCGAAGAUGCUCUCCCCUGGAAAAGCUAGUGUUCAAGAUGUUGUUUUAAAGAGAGAAAAAAAAACAGUUUUUGGUUUAUACAGCAUAAAUGUUGAGAUCUUAAGGAAGCUGAAGCAAUGCCCUGGGGUCUUUUCCAUUCUGUCAAUCCUGAAAUAGAAAAGGAAGAUUUUUACUUAGCACUGUGAGAAUGCAUGAAGUCAUCAGUAACAAAUUUAUGGGCCGGUUUCACAGACACAGAUUUAGCCCAGUCCAAGACUAAAUAGAAUUUUGAAUGGAGAUUCUAUAUACAAAACUAAAUUUUGUCCAAGACUAAGCUUUAUUCUUUGUCUGGGAAACCAGCCCUAUAUGUAUGAGUGCUGACUACUAAUUACUUUUACUCCAGAAUACAGUGGUCCAGAUUUAAUCUACCCAUGAUACAUAUCUUUCUUUUCUUACCUUUUAGUAAAUUAAUUGAAACAAGUGUACAUUUCCAUUUUCUACACAACCUUUUCCUUUAAUUUUAGUUACCUGACAGACUGUGUCAUGAAAGGCAUUUUAUAAUAACACCUGCUUAAAUGGUAGACGUUUAGGACAAGAUUUUGUCUGGGCCACAUUUUACUACAGUGAAAAGGGGAUUUUUGUUCUCAGUGAAGUGUGUUGGUCCUGUUCACAGUAACUGUUCAAUAGGCUAAGCAUACCAAUACUACAAAAUGCAUCACUUCCAUUUCUUACACAGGCUCCUCAAUUGCUUCUGUUUGCCUUCAAAGCAACCAUAAAUCCCCGUAACUUAUUUUUAUAAAUCAAAAGAACUUGAUCAUCAUCAUAUUCAGGUAUGAAUAAAUUAGUUUUAGCUGUGAUACAUGUUUAAAUUAUUAAUUUGUGGUAAAAGUCAGGUUAUAUCUCAUCAAGUUAUUACUAAUGACUGCAUUAUUUUCUUUCAAAUGCAGGCAUUACUUUUCUACUGGUAUUUCAUAAAAAAAGGUCAUUUAUAAUAUCUGUCCAUUCACUGAGAACAAUGUCACAUUGUUUUGAACAGAACAUUUUGUCGUUAAGCCCUGCAACGAAAUGUAUACAUCAAGAACAAUAUUUCCCAUCAUGCAUUCCCCCACAUUUGCUCAUCUGUAUGUUUAUGUUCAAGGUCAGCCCCUGCUCUUUCUCAUCUCUGCCCUGAGUCUGAGCAUGUUUGUGGCAGUGUUUAAUAUUGCUAAUCCAGUAAUCUUUUCAUACAAGUAUUUUUAAAGUGGAAGUGUGCUGUUGCAUUAAAGUAGGUGUACAUCUUUGAGAAAACAAUGGCAAAAUAAAUCUCCUAUUUAGUCAAGUAUUAAUCAUCUAUUUUUGUAAUCACAGAUUUGAACUAUUAUCUAUUUGCUCAGGGUUGACAUGUCUGUAAACAUGUAAGGUGUUUUGUCAACCAUUUAUUUUUUAAAUUGCACUUACUGGACUUACUUUUUCCCCCUUCAUUUCAUAAUUAUUCCUGUUCACUUUUAAACAGUAUUAAUAUUCUAUACCUCUCAAUCAUUCUCCUGGUUCACAGUGUAUGUGAUAUUUUGAAAACAUGCAUUUCAUUCUUAAUUAUGAUCCACAAAUGAAGAAUCAACUGAAGAAUCACUUACAUAUAUAUUUGGACCUAUUGAUAAUCAGGAAGAUACUGUUUACAAUCAGUGGAGAUGAUGACUGAUUACUCACUUUAUUGUUUUGCAGAAAAAAAAGAUUUGCCAUGACCAAGGCAUUUACGAAUGUAGCCACAGCACUUUGAAGUGAAUGAAGAUGUUUCUGUUAGUCCAUUACGAGUUAAGCUUUGCUCAAGAUCAGUUCUACUUGAUUUAAUAUUGGUGAACAGUGAAACAAACACAGCCUGACACCUUAUAUAUAGAAAUAUGUGUGUUUGAAAUGUACCUCAAAAUAAAGGUGAUAGAGGAUUACAAUAUCCUGAAAGAAAUGUUUUAGAAGACCUUUUGAAUUAGUUUGUUUUAAUGUCUUUCAUGUGUUACAUAUUUUAGUCUUUCAACAGGGUUCUAUGACUAAUACUUAUAACGGUGAUUUCCAGAUCUCCUGUAUCAUUCUCGCCAGGCCCUUACUUUCAUAUGAAAAUGAGCAUGUUGUCCAGUGACUAAAGGUCAGGUCUCAAUUCAUCUCUUUUUUAUUAAAUUGUGGCUUCACCUCAUUGAGUAUUACUGAAAUAAGUAGACUGACAAAAGUGAGAUUUGACUUGCCGCUCUUUGGCUGACAGCUGAUUUAUUUAUAGGAACUGCAGGCAGAAUGUCCUUGAAAGAAGGAAAUAGAGGCUACAGAAGCUGUUACAGAAAACUGCGGUGAGGAUUGAUCGUGUUUUAAAGGGAAAUGUCACUGGUUGUGUAUGUAUCCGCCCUGCAGGCUUCAUUCCAAUGGAAGCUCAGAACUAGUUACAGCAAACAGGGAAAUAACAAACUCAAGUACAUAGAAUGGGGAUAAGAUGCACUGCUGGGAUUGUCCAGCAGAGGGCAGGGCACAGGGACUGUGAUCAAAUGUGUAUUGCUGCGUGAAUUGUUUUUUAAAAUUCUACAAUUGAAAGCCAACAAAAUAAAUCAGAUCUCAUUAUGAGCGUUCUGUUUCAAAAGCCCCCCAACCACCAUGCUUGAAAAUAAAAGAUUUGUCUGAAGUCUUAAACACCAAACCCCUUUCUCUUUCCUGUAUAAUUUCUGGUUAAAAUCAUCAUCGCCACAAGCUUUAGUGCAUAUAUUGUGCAAGCUUGCUGUGUUGCAGAUUUAUAUUUAUUUUAUAAAUGUCAUUUGUCUACAAUGUCUGGUUGCAUGGUUGACACAUAUAGCCUAAAAAAGUUUUUGUUUUUGUUUUUUAUAGAGAAAAAAAACCAAGAGGAAUAUACAGUGGGGUGCAAAAUUUCAGGCAAUCCUGGUUUAAAUGUCUGUUACAAUGAAUUUCUUUGUGAUUGAAAGUAAACCUGAACUCUAAAUGGUAGAGAGUUAAACAUGAGGGGUCAAUUACAAUGUGCUUAGCUGGAGUUCAAACCGCAGGUUCAAACCUCUAGACCCCAGAUCUGCAUUUCAACUGGAAUAACUAAAUCUUAGUACACAGCUUUGGAUAUCUGCGCCUGCGGUUUAAAUUCCUGCUAAGCACACUGCAGUUGACCCGAGAACUUUCUGCACAUUUUAAAGCAAUAUUGCUUUUUAUUUUAAUGUUUUACUUUUUUUAAAAGGAAAAGGACCCUCCGCAAAAGUUUGGGAACCCUUUUGUAUUAUUCUUUGUUACUUUUUUAAAAGAUGAUUUAUAAGGCCCAGACCAAGGUAAUUUACUUGUUAGGGCUUCAAUGAGUCAGUAGAGUAUAAUUCCAGGGCUGAACUCUGAAGUUACUCCAUGCCUUCAAAAGUAUCCAACUGCAGUGGAUGUUCUAUCUGGUGUUAACAACCAUGUGUUCCUCUAAACAAUUGUCCAAGAAUGAAGAUGGUUCAUUUUCACCAGGAAGGAUAACUCUCUCAAUGUUUCAAACUAUUUAUUUCCACUGUCAGAAACAUUAUUAGAAAAUGGAAGAAGAUGUAACAGUUGAAGUGAAGGCAAGGUCUGGAAGACCAAGAUUUCAGAAAUGCUCAGAAGAACCCACACAUCACUUAAAAAGAGCUGCAAAAAAGAGUAGCAGACAAACUACCUGUUCACAGGACAAUAAUACAACAGCUGGGGGCACAGGAAAUAUUGUGCGAGUAGAAGGAAGAAUGGAUUACACCAAGAAAUUAUGGCUAAUGUUCAAAGGUCAGUCCAGACAUUGAAGUUGAAGAGAGGUUGGGUAUUCCAGAAAGACUGAUCCAAAGCAUACCUCGGAAUCAAGUACCUCCAGGAAAGACGGAUGGUUUUGGAAUGGCCACCACAGUCCCCAGACUUGAAACAAUUCAAAAUAUGUGGAGAGAUCUCUAGCAUGCUGUACAUUAGUUAGAGGUGUUCUGCCAGGAUGAAAUGAGAAAAAAAUUCCAAAAGCGAGAAUUGAAAGACUCUUAGCUGGCUACAGGAAGUGUUUACAAGUUGUUAUAGUUUCCCAAGGACAAUUACCCGUGUUACAAAGUACUAACUGACAGUGUUCCUAAACUUUUGCACAGGGCCUUUUUCCUUUUUUUUUUCUUUUUUUAAUGAAAAAAUAAAAUAAAAUAAAAAGUAAUCUUGCUUUAAAAUUUUAAGAAAUGUGGCAUAUUUAACAUUUUACCAUUUAGAGGUCAGGCUCGCUUCUAUUCACUUAGAUAUUGAUUGUAAAAGGCUUUUUGACCAGGGAUGCUGGAAUUUGUGCACACUACUGUAUGUUUAUUACAGUAAUUAGAUUUAUUUAAGCACAUUUUACUGGAACAGCUCGUGUAUAAUUGUGGGACUGUAUGAAAAUGGAAACUAAAUUUUUUUUAGAUUUACAAAAUAUGGUCAUGUAAUGAUAAUGCAAAAGGUCUUUUUUUGUCAUUCGUUUUAUCAUCGCACUUUAAAUGGGCUGUUUUUCAACAUCAACUUGUCUUGUUAAAAAUGUAAGUGUAUGUGCAUCCGCAGAAACAGUCUUUAAAGCCACGUCAAAAAACAUGUUUGUGUUCAGUUUCGGUGAAGACCUCAUCCAGCUGAAUUUUACUGUACAAAAUAAUAUGAAGAGUGCUGUUUAGUGAAAAAUGUUUAAAGUUGUUGCUGUAAAGCACUGAUUUAAGCAUAAAAGGUUGACAUUUUAUCAUAUAAGCAGACAAGCCUUACAACUUUUUUUAAGAAUUAGUAAAAUGGUUUGCAUUUGGGUUUUCUUACUCUCUCUUGUAUACAGAUAAUAAUGGUGUGCAAAUAAACGUUUAUUAAAAAUAAGAA